CCCUCCCGCUACAUCUGUUAUUUGGCGCCAAAUGCAAGAUCAUAGUUACAAUAACAAACAUGGUUCUUCAGAACUCUGGUAAAUUUAAAGCAGAUACAGAUAGCGAAGCUGUAGUGCGAGAAGAUACAAGUGAAAAACGUCUCCAAAGAAGCAUCCAAAAUGAUGAGGUUGAUUCCAGAUUUGGAUUUGACCGCUAUAAAGAAUCAGCAGAAAGAACAGGAUGGCUUAUUAACAUGCACCCGGCUGAUGUAUUGGAUGAAGACAAACGUCUGGUCAGUGCUGUGGAUUAUUAUUUUGUGGAAGAAGAUGGCAACAGAUUCAAGGCUACCCUUCUGUUCCAACCAUAUUUCUAUGUUGCCACCAAACCGAACUGUGAAAGAGAAGUGGCCUCAUAUCUUAGUAAAAGAUUCUCUGGUAAAAUAGCUUCUGUGGAAACUGUGAAGAAAGAAGAUCUUGAUUUGCACAACCACUUGGUAGGUCUCAAGAGAACCUAUCUGAAAUUAUCAUUCCUCAGUGUUGAAGAUUUGAUGAAAGUAAAGAAAGAAAUCAAUCCUGUUGUGAAAAAGAACAGAGAAGAAAGGAAAUCUCAAGAUGUUUAUACUGCAAUGCUAACCACACAUAAUGCUGAUGACGCUCCUAAAUGUAUUUCAAAGAAACUCACAGAACAAAUGGACAACAUCAUUGAUAUAAGGGAGCAUGAUGUACCUUAUCACGUGCGAGUUUCAAUUGACUUGAAGAUAUUUGUUGGUCAUUGGUAUACAGUGCAAGGACAUGGGUCAGCUUCUCCAGACAUUAAACUACGUGAUGAUCUUGUUGACCGACCUGAUCCUGUUGUUCUUGCAUACGAUAUUGAAACAACUAAACUGCCCUUGAAGUUUCCUGACUCCCAGACUGAUCAAAUUAUGAUGAUCUCAUAUAUGAUUGAUGGUCAGGGUUAUCUUAUUACAAACAGAGAAAUUGUUUCAAUGGACAUAGAGGACUUUGAGUACACCCCUAGGCCUGAAUUUGAAGGACCAUUUAUCAUAUUUAACGAACCAGAUGAGCUGAGUCUUAUUCAAAGAUUCUUUGACCAUAUUUUGGAAUCAAAGCCUCAUAUUUUUGUCACCUACAACGGAGACUUUUUUGAUUGGCCUUUUGUGGAAACUCGUGCUGCUGUCUAUGGCAUCGACAUGUCACGAGAAAUCGGGUUCCAGAGGGACAAUCAAGGGGAAUAUAAAUCUAGAGCUGCUAUUCACAUGGACUGCUUUAAAUGGGUUAAAAGAGACAGUUACUUACCUGUUGGCAGUCAAAACUUGAAAGCAGUUGCAAAGGCCAAGCUUCGUUAUGAUCCUGUAGAGUUGGACCCUGAAGACAUGUGUCGUAUGGCUAGUGAAGAGCCACAGGUCCUUGCCAACUAUUCAGUGUCAGAUGCUGUUGCUACCUACCACUUGUAUAUGAAAUACGUUCACCCUUUCAUAUUUGCUCUGUGCACCAUUAUUCCGAUGGAGCCCGAUGAGGUCUUGCGCAAAGGUUCUGGGACACUCUGUGAAGCCCUCUUGAUGGUGCAGGCAUACCAUGCUAAUGUUAUCUUCCCCAAUAAACAGGAAUCAGUUCUGAAUAAACUUACUGAUGAUGGACAUUUACUUGACUCUGAGACUUACGUUGGUGGUCAUGUUGAAGCUCUGGAAUCAGGUGUCUUCAGAGCAGAUAUUCCCUGUCGUUUUAGAAUGGUACCUGAUGCUUUCCAGACUCUUAUAAAUACUGUUGAGAAAACCAUGAAACAUGCAAUAGAAGUUGAAGAGAAAGUGUCCUUGGAACAAGUAACCAAUUUUGAUGAAGUUUGUGAAGAUAUUAAAGAUCGAUUGGCUAUGUUGAGAGAUUGUCCAAACCGUUUAGAAAACCCAAUAAUUUACCAUUUAGAUGUUGGUGCCAUGUAUCCAAAUAUUAUUCUCACCAACCGACUUCAGCCUUCUGCAAUGGUUGAUGAGGAAAUUUGUGCUGCUUGUGACUUCAACAAACCUGGUGCAACAUGUCAGAGGAAAAUGACUUGGAUGUGGCGAGGAGAAUAUAUGCCUGCUACCAGAAGUGAGUUCCAACGAAUCCAGCAGCAACUGGAAAAUGAGAAAUUUCCACCAUUUUUUCCUGAUGGACCACAAAGAGCUUUUCACCAGCUUCCAGCUGUGGAACAAGCUGCCAUAGAGAAAAAGAGACUGGCAGAAUAUUGCAGGAAAGCUUACAAGAAGGUCCAUGUAACAAGAAAAGGAGAAAAAGUCGCUACCAUUUGUCAAAGAGAAAAUUCCUUCUAUGUUGACACAGUUCGGGCAUUUCGAGACCGACGCUAUGAGUUCAAAGGAUUAGUGAAGGUAUGGAAACGCAAGUUGGGAGAAGCAGAAGCAGCAAAAGAUGCCACAGAGAUAAAAAGAGCAAAUGGGAUGGUUGUUUUGUAUGAUUCACUACAACUGGCUCAUAAAUGUAUCUUAAAUUCCUUUUAUGGAUAUGUCAUGAGGAAAGGUGCUCGUUGGUACAGUAUGGAAAUGGCUGGUAUUGUCUGUUUCACAGGAGCAAACAUCAUCACAAAAGCUCGAGAAAUUGUUGAACAAAUAGGACGGCCUCUGGAACUGGACACAGAUGGUAUAUGGUGUGUAUUGCCAGCAACAUUUCCAGAAAAUUACGUUGUCAAAACAACUCAUCCAAAGAAAGCAAAGUUGACAAUUUCUUACCCAGGAGCCAUGCUUAAUGUAAUGGUGCAGAAUGAAUUUACUAAUCACCAAUAUCAAGAAUUAGUUGACCCAGAUGCUCUGAAAUAUGAAGUCCGCAGUGAAAAUUCAAUAUUCUUUGAAGUUGAUGGGCCUUACUUAGCAAUGAUUCUUCCUGCUUCCAAAGAAGAAGGCAAAAAACUAAAGAAACGAUAUGCUGUCUUUAAUUUUGAUGGUUCUCUUGCAGAACUGAAGGGUUUCGAAAUAAAACGGCGAGGUGAGCUGCAAUUGAUAAAGAUCUUCCAGUCAUCCGUUUUUGAAGCAUUUUUGAAAGGUAUCACUUUAGAGGAAUGUUACAGUGCUGUCUCUAAAGUAGCAGACUAUUGGUUAGAUGUCUUGUACAACAAGGCCGCCAACAUGCCAGAUUCAGAAUUAUUUGAACUUAUUGCUGAAAAUCGGAGUAUGUCAAGGAAACUGGAAGAUUAUGGACAGCAAAAAUCAACAUCUAUAAGCACAGCUAAACGUUUGGCUGAAUUCCUUGGUGAUCAAAUGAUCAAAGAUGCUGGUCUGAGUUGCCGCUAUGUGAUAUCUAAAAAACCAGAAGGUUCCCCAGUUACAGAGAGAGCUAUUCCAAUGGCUAUUUUCCAAGCUGAACCAGGAAUCAAGAGACAUUUUCUCAAGAAAUGGCUCAAGACUUCCAACAAAGAUCUUGACAUUAGAGAUAUUCUUGACUGGCAAUAUUACAUUGACCGAUUGGGUGGUGCCGUCCAGAAGAUUAUCACCAUUCCAGCUGCACUACAGCAAGUGGCCAACCCAGUACCACGUAUUCCUCAUCCAGAUUGGUUACAGAAGAAACUAUUAGAGAGAACUGACAUUUUCAAACAGAAGAAAAUUAGUGAAAUCUUUGCUCCUCAACCCAAACCACAGGAACCAGAAGUGGAUUCUAUAGGGGACAUAGAAGAUCUGGGAGUUCCUGCUAAGCCCAACAUGCCAGUUCGAGCUACAGUCACCAAACGUAAACGGAUGCAGUCAAGUGAAGAUACUGACUUCUCAAAAACUGAUUCUCAGAACUCAGAAUCUUUGACUCAAACAUUUCGAGAUAUAUUAGGACCUCCUCCACCAAUGGGAAAAACUAAGGCUGAAAUGGUGGAAUGGUUACAGUAUCACAAAAAGAAAUGGGGUUUGCAGUCUAAAGACAGGCAGCUCCAAAAACGGCAGCGGGUUGAUUUGGCGGACUUUAAUUCCAGUGCCACACCGAUUGUUGGUCGUCAAGGUUUGAGUGGUUUCUUGCGCCGUACAGCUCGCACCAUCCUAGAUUUACCAUGGCAACUGGUACAGUUGGCUGAAACCAGUGAACCUGGCCAGUAUCGACUGUGGGCACUCAUUGGAAACGAUCUUCAUGUUAUGCGACUGAAUGUUCCCAGAAUAUUCUAUGUGAACCAAAAGACACCAAAAGAAGGAGAAGGAGCCAUGUGGAAGAAGGUUCAGAAGACUCUACCAAGAUCCCACCCCGUUAUGCACCUUUACCAAUAUACAGUACCAGAAAAUGUCUACCUGGAGCACAGCAAUGAAAUCAAUGCUGAUCUAUCAUCUCCAGACAUUGAAGGUGUUUAUGAGACUCAAGUACCAUUAUUGUUCCGUGCCUUGGUCCAGUUGGGUUGUGUUGUCACAGUCAACAGAGAUUAUGCUAGACUUCUUGCUGGCAAGGAGACUGACACAUUUGAUAUGGAGAUGCUGGAAUUCCGUACUUUGGCACAAUAUUCAUACUUGGAACCUGGCUCAAUGAAGCACAUCUAUUUUUACUGCCACAAUUGUGGAUCCAAAAUGAUAAUAGCUAUAAUGUUCCCUAUGUCCAAGAAAGGUUCUAUAUUUGUGGUUGAUACAGUACAGAGUGACCAAAUGCCAAAUCUUGCUGCCAUGUAUACAGCUGAGAGAAACUCCAAAGUGUCCAAAGGAGUUGAUGAGGCAUCUCUUCCUCCUGCAGGAACUCAAAACUUUCAGGUAAAAUUGGAUAAAGAUAUAAACCGUGUCUACAGGAAUGUGCAGAGGAUUCUUUCGGCCUACAAAGAUGAGAAGCGAGGACCCACUUUUAUUGCCAUCCAGUCCAGUCUUAGUUUCUCUCAACUGACAUCUGCUAUGCCAGAGAUGAUCAACUUCCCCAUGGUACCUAUUCACAUGUCUGACAGUAACACUCUAUACAAUGUGCUGGAUUGGCAGAGAGUUGGCAGUCGAAGAAUGCUUCAGCAUUACAUGAAUGUGAAACUCAUCUUACAAGUGAUGCUGGAACAGUGCCGAUAUCUACACAUUCCUUUGGGUAACAUACCCAGUGACAUCACAAUGUUUGGAUGUGAUCUCUUUUUUGCCCGACAUCUCCAGAAACACAACCACUUACUCUGGUGUUCCUUGUCUGACCGACCUGAUCUGGGUGGCAAAGAAGCUGAUGACCAUCGGUUGUGUAUGGAACUUGAAGAGAAAACUACAGUGGAGGUGAACAAACCAGGAGCAUAUUCUACAGUGUGUCUGGAGUUGGACAUGUCAAGUUUGGCUGUCAAUACAGUUAUUGAGUCUGCCCAUGUCAGUGAUGUAGAAGGAGCAAGUGCAGUCAGUUUUGACCUCAUGCCCCAGACUUCUUUGGAGGAAAUGAUGCAAGGCCAAGGUGCAGCCACAAUGUUGACCAGUUAUGAUGAAACAGCUCUGUGCUCAGUUACUUUCAGAAUCCUGAAAACCAUGAUUCAAGGUUGGGUUAGAGAUGUGACAGCUUACAAAAAUGUUUUCGCUGACAACCAGAUUGUACACUUCUAUAGGUGGUUGCGAUCUCCGACAGCUCUUUUAUAUGAUCCAGCCUUGCGAAGAACACUUAAUGGAAUGAUGAAGAAAAUUUUCCUCCAGCUGAUAGCUGAAUUCCAGCGACUUGGUUCUUUGAUAGUAUUUGCCAAUUUCAACAUGAUUUUGCUCUGUACCAAGAAGCAGUCUAUUGACAAUGCCCUCAGUUAUAUGAAUUACAUCACAAGCAGCAUUAAAUCACGUAACCUGUUCCAUUUGAUAGAAUUUACUGUAGAGCAGUGCUGGGAGUAUCUCUUGUGGAUGGACUCUGCUAAUCAUGGUGGAGUGAAAGGUAAAUUACCAUCUUCUGCUGAAUCUGAAAAUCCUGAAGGAGGUAAUGAUGAUGAUGAUGAAGAGAAAGAGAAAGAGUCUGAUGCAGAAGAGGAUAUGGAUAAUGAAGGAGAAAAAUUAGAUGAUGAUUCUAAUGAUGAGCCAGAAAUUGAGAUGAACUGGAAUAUUGUCCAAUUCCUUCCUGAAAGUGGUGCCUGUCAAACCAAUUUUAAUAUGAUCAUUGCUGGAUAUAUUCUUUCAAUGUACAAUGAAAUCCAAGAUGAACACAGACGUAGAACUCCUGGUAACACACCUGUACGGCGUCGUUCAAGUCAGACUCAGACCAUCACAGAUUACUCAACUGCCCCAAGUAUAGUGACUUUUGCACAAGAUUUAAUCCAGGGUGAUCUUGCACAGCAGAUGUUUAUGCUAACACAGAAGAUCCAUAAGAAACUAUCUGCUAGUCAUUAUGGGAAUGAGGGCAGUGAUUUUCCAGAACCUCCUGGUUCCCACUUGAAGCCAACAUGUCCUGCUUUGGAGUUUGUCAAAAGUGUUCUAACGGUGUUGUCAUUGGAUACUAAUGUAACACUUCAAACCACAAAAUUAAGAAGGGACCUUCUCCGACUUAUAGGAUAUGGAGAAUUCUCUCCUGAUGCUGUCUUUAAAGAUCCUUGUUUAUCUUUUAUUCUUCCAGAGGUUAUCUGCAAGACAUGUAAUCACAUUCGAGACUUGGAUCUUUGUCGAGAUCCUUAUUUGAACCGAGAGACUCUGGGUGCUACAUGGUCAUGUAUCCAAUGUCACACUGAUUACGAUGCAGCUGAGAUAGAACACAGUCUAGUUGAGGUUAUUAACCGCAAGUCUCUUGCCUAUACCCUGCAGGAUACCAGAUGUGUGAAGUGUAAAUUGAUCAAAAAUAACAACAUGCAGAAUUACUGCUCAUGUGCAUCUAGUUUUGAAAAUGUCAUUUCUCGAGAUGCAUUUCUAUCUACCAUGAACACCUUCUAUGGAAUUGCUCAACAUUAUAAUAUGCAGCUGCUUCUAGAAACAGUUACAUGGAUCCUGAAGAUGAAUGAUUCUUUGAACAGCUAACUCAGUAUUAACCAUGAAGUUUGAGAGAGAGAAAGAGAGAAGUGUGAGAGGGGGAUAUGUAUUCUAUGAAGAAUCAUUUAUUUCAUUAUUUAUUUUGGCUUCUGAGAAGAUCUGUUAUUUAGAACUUUUCUUUUAAUGUUUUGGCAUAGAGUGUGCUGUCUUUAUUUCUAAGACUCAAAAGAUUGGAUUGAUUUAAAAAAAAUUUUUUUUUUUAUAAAUGUUUUCUGAGUGAAUGUGAAAUGACAAAUUGUACAAAGCCUCUUGCAUGUGUGUGUUGUAUUGACACACAUAUGUUUAUGUUAAUAUUUACAUUCUGCACUUAGCUGAGCUAUGGAUGGUGUCGUAUUGUCUUUUAUUAACAACAAAUUGUUAGUAUUUUCCAAGGUUAGUUGAAUGAAAAGGCUCUUUCUUGAAAAACAGGUACAAAAACCUCCAGCUGUAAAAACAACAUCUCAGUAAUAUGUAUUCAUUCAACCAAUUUUUAAUACCUAUGCUGGUAUUAAAAAUAAAUAAAAACAAACGAAUAUAA